CACCAUUGUUCAGUAAAUAUUUAUUGUUUACCAUGUCUUAGGCAUUAUGGAGGGAUAGCGCAUAGCAGAAGAAAUAUGAAGCAGCAUCACUGAAGUCUGAGCAACCAGCUGCAACAUCCCCAACCCAACCCAGCCUACCUCAGUGUCACGGAACCUGAUCUGAGACUUACGGCUCCCUGCUCUCAUCACAGCUCUCAGAUCCUAGAAUCUACUCCAAUUCCAGCUAGAAUGUUGUGUCAAGCACUUUGCAGAUUUGGUCAAAAGCUGGUACGCAGAUGUACACUGGAACAACCUGUGGCUGAGACUGCCAGAAGCCUGACCACUCUGGAUAUAGUGGCCCUGGGUAUGGACCAUACAAUGAAUAUAAUUGUGUAUAUCCUGCCUGGCGAAGUGGCUAGAGAUAAAGCAGGACCAUCCAUUGUGAUCUGCUUCUUGGUGGCUGGCCUAACUUCAGUGUUGACUGGGCUGACCUAUGCAGAGAUUAGUUCCCGAGUUCCACAUUCUGGUUCUUCAUAUCUCUACAGCUAUGUCACUGUAGGUGAACUCGGGGCUUUCAUCACUGGCUGGAACCUCCUCCUCAUAAAUACUGUCUAUGUAAGCAUUGUGACCCAAACCUGGAUCUUAGUUUUUGACAAUGUUUUUGGAAACCAGAUAUUUCAGAUGCUGCAUGACAGCAUCUCACUAAAUGUUUCCCGUGUUUUUGCAGAUGUUCUAGUCUUCUUUGUUGUGUUCCUUGUGUUGUUAUUCAUAGGAUUUCUGACUUGGAAGACUAGGCAGCUUCCUGUGGUUACCAAAGUGUUCACAUUGAUGAAAAUUAUUGUUCUCAUUUUUGUCAUCAUUGCUGGCUUCAUUAAGGGGGACCUGCACAACUGGCAGCUCACAGAAGAGGACUACAUAAAGGCUGGACUCAAUGACACCUCUGGCUUGGGCCCCCUGGGGUCUGGAGGAUUUAUGCCUUUUGGCUUCGAGGGGAUUCUCCGUUGAGCAGCUACCUGUCUCUAUACAUUUGUGGGUUCUUUUAUUAUUACCAGAGUUGAAGAAGCCAAGAAUCCCCAACAUUCCAUCCCCAGGGGCAUUGUGAUUUCACUGUUCAUCUGUCUUUUGGUGCAUUUUGGUGUCUUUUCAGCCCUUACACUCAUGGUGCCUUACUACCAGCUUCAACGUGGGAGCACCUUGCCUGAGGCAUUUCUCCAUAUUGGCUGGGCCCCUGCCUACUAUGUUGUAGCUUUUGGAUUCCUCUGUCUUUCUAUCAACUCCUUUGACUUUAUAUUCCCCAUACAACGGGUGAUACAUAUGAUGACACAGGAUGGCCUCCUGUUCCCUGUCCUUGCCAGGAUCCAAACUGGCACAAACAUCCCCAUCGUGGCCACUGUGAUCUUUGGCAUUAUUGCACUAGUCAUAGUAUUCUUUUUUGGGCUCACUGAUCUUCUGGGCUUCAUGUCACUUGAGCGCCUGCUAGAUUUCUCUCUGCUGGUUUUUGGUGUUCUCAUUGUCAGGUAUCAGCCUGAGAUGCAUAAUGGGGGAAAUGAAGCAGAGGUGCAGGAUGGGAAUAGAGAAGUUGCAGCAGAGAAGCUGACUCUACAGGGAUUACUUUUUCCAGGCAGCUCCAUCCCAACUCCACUCUCCAGCCAGGUUGUCUAUGUUUGCUCCUCACUGCUUGUUCUGCUGAUCAUUCUUCUUUGCCUGGUGCUGGCCCAGUGGCCAGUUCUGCUUUCUGGAGACCCAGUGUGGAUUUCAGUGGUUGUGGUGCUCCUGGUACUCAUCACUGGGCUCACUGGGGUCAUCUGGAGACAGCCUCAGAGCUCCACUCCCCUUUACUUUAAGGUCCCUGGUCUGCCUUUCCUCUCAGUACUGAGCAUCUUCAUGAAUGUUUACCUUAUGAUGCAGAUGACAGCUGGCACCUGGGCUAUACUUGGUGUCUGGAUGCUGAUUGGGUUUGCUAUCUACUUCAGCUAUGGGAUCCAGCACAGCCUGGUCAAUUAACCUCACUUAAGACCAAAACUGUGGACCUUGAACUCAGCAGUGCCAGUACAUAUUUGGUUUGACAUCAUCACACCCUAAUGCAGUCUGGUCUUCCUGUACAAUAAUGGAACAUACUCUUGAGUGCAUAGAAAGCUAGGCCUCCCACAGAAUGUUAGUGAGGGACACUAAUAGGACUUUGUAUUUAUUACAUAGUGAAGGAU